AUGGACCGUGCCAACCACGCUCGGCGGCAGCGCCGCCUCCUCGUCGCCGAGGAGGACGAGCGAGCCAUGGCGGAGUGGCGCCGUCGCCACCCGGAGGACGUCACCGACGAGCGUGCCUACUGGGCAGAGAGGACGGCAAGGCGCCGCGUGGUGCGGGAGGACCGGCAUCGGCGAAAGGCAUUGGCGAAUACGCAGUGCGAUAUUGUUGAAGCAGGUGGGAGGUCGAUCUUCACGUCAGACGAUGAACGUUGGGACGACAUAUGGCUCGAUACCUCGGACAACACCGACGAGGAUGAUGAUGGUGAUGAUGGUAGCGACUUGGAGUAG